GUUGUUCAAAAAAAAAGUUUAAAUAAAAUUUUACAAUUGUUUUAUUUACAUUAAAUAUAUUAUUUAUUCGAAAAUAUUAUUUCUUUAUGUAUGUAUGUACGUCUCUCUCUCACUUCCUCCCUCCCUCUCUCUGGUGUCUAUGUUGCAGAGCCUGAACUCAUCUUUGCUUCGAUCUCUCUAAGCUGUCGAAAGAGAUAUAGUUUUGAGUGCCUUCUGUUCCUAUAAUCCUUUGUUUUCUUACGGCUGCAGCAGCAGGAAAUGAGCAAAAGAUAUGGAGUGUUUUAAUGUGCAGUCAGUACCAUGUUGCAGUGCUUAGAAGCGGUCAGGCAUUUUUGUGCUUCCCUGCCGCAGUGUUGUGAUCUAGAUCUCUAUAGACAAUUGAGGGACCUUGAAGAUCCUGAGGUUCUCGCAAGAGAGACAGUUUUUAGUGUCAGUGAAAUAGAAGCACUUUAUGAGUUAUUCAAGAAGAUUAGCAGUGCUGUGACAGAUGAUGGACUAAUCAACAAGGAAGAGUUUCAACUGGCAUUAUUCAAGACAAACAAGAAGGAGAGCUUAUUUGCCGAUCGGGUAUUUGACUUGUUUGACACCAAACACAAUGGAAUCCUUGGUUUUGAAGAGUUUGCUCGUGCACUCUCUGUCUUUCAUCCAAAUGCCCCUAUUGAUGCUAAGAUUGAGUUUUCUUUCCAACUAUACGAUCUCAAGCAACAAGGAUUCAUUGAGAGACAAGAGGUAAAGCAAAUGGUAGUGGCUACCCUUGCUGAAUCUGGUAUGAAUCUUUCAGAUGAUGUUAUCGAGAGUAUCAUUGACAAGACCUUUGAGGAGGCUGAUACGAAACACGAUGGAAAGAUUGAUAAGGAAGAAUGGACAACCCUUGUUUUGCGACAUCCAUCCCUUCUGAAGAAUAUGACUCUUCAAUACCUCAAGGACAUCACCACUACAUUCCCAAGCUUUGUAUUUCACUCGAGAGUGGAGGAUACCUGAUUCUGGAGCUGCGUUUCAUUGUUGUCCGUAAUGAUCCCAAUUAGCGCAAUGUUGCAUCACUCUGCUUGUUUUGUCGAAAAAUAGUGGUUUGUGUGUGUACAUUUUGAAACUUCCAUUUCCUCUUCACUGGAUGUUUUUCCUUAACAUUGUUUGGUAUUAUAUGUUUUAAUUGAACAAAAGGUAUUGUGUACUUGGGUUUGUCAAUCCAUUGAAAUGAUUCU